CGGGUGGGGUAGGGGAACACCGGCAGCUAGCUUCCCCGACUUCCCAGAGUCAAUCAGGUGCCCGGCUGGAGAGGAUGGAGGGGUCCUGGGGCGCCCGGGCUGCGGAACCCGGAACGAAUCAGACUCUAAAGCCGUGUCUGCUGCGCCGCAACCAAAGCCGGGAACAGCACGGCGUGGCGGCCUCCUGCCUCGAGGAUCUGAAGAGCAAGGCCUAUGACAUCCUGGCCAUCGAUAAGUCCCUGGCACCAGUUACCCUGGUCCUGGCAGAGGACGGCACCAUCGUGGACGAUGACGAUUACUUCCUGUGUCUGCCUUCGAAUACGAAGUUCGUGGCGUUGGCCGGUAACGAGAAGUGGACGUACAGCAACUCAGACGGCGGUACCGCCUGGAUCUCCCAGGAGUCCAUGGACCUGGAUGAAACAGACAGCGGGGUGGGACUGCGCUGGAAGAACGUGGCCAGGCAGCUGAAGGAAGAUCUGUCCAGUAUCGUCCUCCUGUCGGAGGAGGACCUCCAAGUGCUCAUCGACGUGCCCAGCUCAGACCUGGCUCGGGAGCUUGGCCACAGCCGCGUCGCCGUCCAGGGGCUGCAGAACACGCUCCAGCAGGUGCUCGACCAGAGGGAGGAAGCCCGCCAGUCCAAGCAGCUCUUGGAACUGUACCUCCAGGCUCUGGAGAAGGAGGGCAGCAUCUUGUCAAAGCAGCAAGAGCCCGAAGCUGGCUUCGGUGACCAGAGGGACGCCGUUGACGCGGGUGUGAGCACAGCCGGCUCCUCGGAAACGGCCCUCUCCAGCCAGAUCCUCGCUGCCCUGAAGGAGAAGCCUGCCCCGGAGCUGAGCUUGUCCAGUCAGGAUCUGGAGUUGGUCACCAAGGAAGACCCCAGAGCACUGGCUGCUGCUUUGAACUGGGACACAGAGAAGACGGAAACCGUCCAACAGGCCUGUCACCAGGAGCUGAGCCUGCGCCUCCAGCAGGUGCAGAGUUUGCAGUCUCUCAGGAGCGUUUCAGCCGGGAGGAGCUCGCUGCCCGAGAAACCGCAGGCCCCCAAACGGGCCAGAGUAGACCCCUCAUAGGCGGAGCUGCAGAUAUGCCAAAGAAACCCCCGUGACCUUGGUUUUCGUCAUCAGCAAACCCCUCCCGCCGUGUCAGCCACCUGUGCGGCUGCUCCACCCCCUGCCUUCGAGCGCGUUCUCCUGGAACCGGCUGGAAGAUGGGCUCCACGCCGCCAAAAAGCUGCUCCAGAUCUCAGCGUCCACCCUUCUGCCCCUUGUGAACGAGGCAGCGGCGCCGGCAGGACCCCCCUCCUCUAGCCACCACACGUCGUCACGUUCUCUGUUCUAAAGCGACUGUGAACGGCAGCGGAAAGGAGCUCCCGUGUUGCGGACUCACCACUGUGUUCUAAAGAUAGAAAUGCAGAAUUCGGGCUCAUCGUGGCCGAGCCGGUGACAUCAUGGUGUUGAUUACGGCCACACGCUUGCUUCUCAAGGUCAUGGACUUUUUCAUUUGUCUGUCUGAAGGCGCACACUCGGUUGGCAGACCCUAGGGACAUACGGAGAGUCUCGCCAUCUCUAAUGCUCAUUCAGCACUAUGAAAUUAGAUCUGAAACUCUUUCAGCUUUCUGAUGUGUGUUUUAUCAGCAGGGGGCAUAAGAGGUCAUCAAAUCAAUUUCCACGCGACACCACUCCAGGUCUCUGGGUACAAAGCAGGGACUUCGGGCUCAUAUGCCUCCUGUUUCUGGUGCAAACGUCUCAUUCAGGCUUUGUGACCUGCCACCCAGUCUCCUUGCAGGGAAGAGAUCCUGGGUUAUCAGGGACUUUUUUUUUUUUUUUUUAAGCAUGCUUAGAGGAAAAGAGAAUGCUAUUAAGAGAUACAUUGGCUGGUUAUUCCUUAAUUAUCCUUGAGUGAGAGCCAGGGCUGAUGACUUACCCACACCCGUGCUUUGGAAGGCACUGACAUAACACCCCGGACGUGGCGUUUCAGAAGAAAUGAAAGGAAAAUGAUUUCCAAUAAAGUGGCAUGCGUCUCCUCA